UGUAAUAGGUGAUAUUGUCUUUUUACAUCAGGUGGCUCCUGAUAUCUGGUUACCUUUAUUGUGAUGUUAAUGCCAUAAAUAGUAAAAUUAGGUGCCUAUAAUGAUUAUAAAAGUUAAUAUGUAAUAUUAUUUUACAGAGAGGCUUCAGAACCAGUACUGAUUGUAUAUAGCAAAGCUAUUUGUAUUUAUAUAUGUUUUAGCCAGACAUCUUAUAUUUUCUUAUUAGCCCUUGCAGUUUUAAGUAAGAUUCUCUAGAACUUUAUAAUUGAUUAUUCCACCUGCCAGUUAGAGUGAUUUCCGACUCCUCACUUCCAGUUUUUUAUACCCUUCUUUUUCCUUGCAUUAUUAGAUUACCAGCUUUUGACGCACCCAACUUCGAACAGCAUUAGCAGUGAGAGUACACCCCUGUCCUCACCCUGAGUUUUAUGAAGGGAAUACCUAUGUUGCCAUUUCAGUCUGGAGGGGAAACCUGUCUUUCGAGUACUGUCCACCUCAGGACAAGGAGCUGGGGCACCACUCUGGCUGGAGACCUGCCCUCAGCUCACCUCAGUCCCAGCCUAGGCCAGUCAGAUCCUUCCUCUGGUCUCUCACCCUACUGGAUUCUGAAAUGUUUGGUUUUGUCUCCUCAGGGCCGGACACAUCCUCACAGAAAAUUGAAGACUUGGUGGAAAUGGUGAAAAGGUUACAGAAAGGAGGAAGCUUGGAGCCCCGGGUUGAGGUCCUGAUUAACCAGAUUAAUGAGGUUCAGCAAGCAAAAAGGAAAGCCAGUGAAGAGCUGGGAGAGGCCCGGACUGUCUGGGAGGCCCUGCAGAAGGAACUGGACACACUGCAUGGAGAGAAAGUACGCCUGAAGGAGAUCUUGAGCAAAAAACAAGAGACCCUAAGGAUCCUGCGGCUGCACUGCCAGGAGAAGGAGACUGAGGCACAGAGGAAGCACAGCAUGUUGCAGGAGUGCAAGGAGAGAAUCUCUGCCCUGAACUCCAAGAUCGAGGAAGAGAAGAACAAACAGAGGCAGCUGAGGUUGGAUUUUGAGGAGCAUCUGGAGGAUCUGAUGGCCCAGCACAAGGACCUCUGGGAAUUCCAUAAGCCAGAGCGGCUGGUGAGGGAGAUUUGUGCCCUGGACAGCAGUAAGGAGCAGCUACUCAAAGAAGAGAAGUUGCUCAAAGUGAAGCUGGAGGACGUGAAGCAUCGGCUGUGCUCCCUGUGCGGGGCUGAGGGCACCUCCACCGUCGCUGACGGGCUCUUUCUCCGUAGCCAGGAGGCAGCAGCAGCAGUGCAGCUGUUCCAGGAGGAGAACAAGAAGGCUGAGGAGCUCCUGGCAGCUGCUGCCCAGCACCAUCAGCAGCUGCAGCAGAAGUGCCAGCACCUGCAGCAGAUGCGACAGAGGCUGAAGGAGGAACUGGAAAAGCAUGGGAUGCAGGUUUCUGCCCAAGGCCAGAGCAAGCAAGAGGAAGGGGCCAGCCCAAGAAAGGCAGCCAGUCCCAAGUUCCUAGGAGUCCAUGAAGAGGAAGACCCUGAGCUUCCCACUGAGUAGGACGUGAUGCCCUCUUAGGCCAGGAAGACACUCCCCACCCCCAACCUUCUCCCAAGGGACUUCGAGAAAUAAAGGUGCUAUUUU